AUGGCUCUUGCAAUAUCGCUCUACGCGCCCUCAACGACAAUCUCAUCCAGCUCAUCGUCGGGCCCGGAUGAGGACGGCAGGCUCGACCCCUCUGUCUUUUCAAAACAUCCUUUUCGCUUUGACACAGGCAUCGCCUUGUUCGCGAAGCGCACUCCGCGGCCGUUCCCUCCUCCGUUCCUCUCGCCGCCGUCGGGCUCCUUCAGUGACCCGCUCAGCACCCACGACCGGAGCCGGGACCGGCGCCGCGCCUACGUCGGUGGGCAGCUGAUUCAGGGGCUUACCAACGGCGACGAUGCCGUGUUUGCGAGCGACUAUUUCAUCGGUGCCAACGACGGCGUUGGCGCGUGGAGUAUGCGGCCCAGGGGUCAUGCUGGACUAUGGGCGCGCUUGGUCCUUCACUUUUGGGCAACCAGUAUGUUUGAGGACGCCGCGCGACAAGGCGACGUCUACCGGCCAGACCCCGUCGCCUACCUGCAACGCGCAUACGAGCAGACCAUCGAGGCGACAGGCCCGCCCAACGACUGGCAAGGGACCACAACGGCCGCCGGCGCGCAGUUGCACUACCGCCGUCUCAAUAGCACCAGCAGCAACAGCACCAACAACAACGACGAACCCGCCUCGUCCACAACAGACGACCGACGCAGCAGCGGCAAGCUCGCCAGGAAGGAUGAUAUGCAACUGCAACCGCUCGUGUACGUGACCAACCUGGGCGACUCGCAAGUGAUGGUGGUGCGGCCGUCGACACGCGAGAUGGUGUACAAGUCGGCGGAGCAGUGGCACUGGUUCGACUGCCCGCGGCAGCUAGGCACCAACAGCCCGGACACGCCGCGCGAGUGCGCCGUCGUUGACAUUGUCCCCAUCCGCGAGGGCGACGUCGUGCUCGCCAUGUCGGACGGGGUGAUUGACAACCUGUGGGCGCACGAGAUUGUGGACAAGGUCAGCGAGAGUCUGGAGAGGUGGGAGAGGGGCGAUGUCAGGGGCUAUCGAGGAGCGGGAGGAGGGGUGCUCGUCAGCGGUGAUUGUGGGAGUAGUAGCGGGAUGAUGGAAUACGUCGCCGCGGAGCUGAUGGAGGCUGCGAGGGCCAUCGCGGUGGAUCCGUUUGCUGAGAGCCCUUUUAUGGAGCAUGCUAUUGAGGAGGGGCUGGCAAGUGUCGGCGGCAAACUGGACGACAUCAGCGUCGUGGCUGCGAUAUGCAGGCGGAACGGUCCGUGAUGAACGGGCUUGGAGAUGGCCGAUGGACUUCCGGUUGUGUGUUGGAUCUCGACCGGUGUGUUGAAUGAUAAGCUAGACGCAGGCCCAGCGGCUUGCCCGGGAGUAGUGGCCUUCUUUUCCCUCCUUCCAGUCGGGUUCAUUUCCUGCAAACCUCUCUGGAAUAAUGAUGUUAGUUAUAGAAGGCUGGCGGUUGCGGGUAGCUAGGUGUUUGAUGUUUGGCUAGGAGCAGCAUGGGUCAUUGCUGGGGACCUUAAUGCUGUCAAGAACUUCGUACAUCAUGAAAGCGAUUUGACUCAGAGUAUCUCCGGGGCAGAACUCCACCGAAUGCAGAUGCGAUGUCUACCGCACCGUAUGCAUUGUGAGCCUUCACUACUGCCAUCGUCGAUGGAUUGUUU